AUGGCCGACAGUGACGAUGCCUCGCGGCGGCGCGACUCGCACUACAACCAGCAACGCUCUUCUUUGCGCUCCGACCGAUCUCACACCCCGUCGCGCCCGCAGUCGCGCCCACAGUCACGUCCCGUCAGUGGCCAGCAGGCUCGCGCCUACACUCUCGACGACGACUACGUGUCACCCCCACACUCGCCGACACGCAUACCAGACGUACCGGAUAGAUCCUCGCCCGCUCCCAACGUGCCACGCAUCCCACAGAGAAAGCAUGGCUUGGACAAGCGAAGAACGCGAAGUAGAGGCGGCACUGGAGGGAGCAAUGCGCCGGCGGGCUCACGAGGCAGGAACAUAGAGGAGCUGCUGUUCCCGGAUGGGCCUGAAGAUGACGACGGACUGGAUGAAGUCGAGGCCCCGGCGCCCAUACAGAAUCCAAACGAAGGCCGACGAUACGUCCACCACACGCUAGAAGAAGAGCGCUCAGCGUCACAAUCCAGAAAGCAGCGCUCUGGCCGAAGCAGCUUCAUACCCGGACGAGGCACCCCAUCUUCCGUUACCGCCCUACCCUCAAUAGGCCGCCACCGAUCUGAGCAAAAAUCAACGUACCACCCGUUCGCUACAGAGCUCUACACCAUCUCGUACCUGAUUUUCUUCGCCAUACUCGGUACACUCGCGCGCCUGGGCGUCCAAUGGCUAACCUUCUACCCCGGCGCACCAUCUACCUUCCCAGUGCUCUGGGCUAACUUUGGCGGCACGCUGUUUAUGGGCUUUCUCUCGCAAGACCGCCGCCUCUUCCGCCAGGAAUGGGGUCACCGCGCACCUACGCCUCCACGCACACCGGCCUCCGACGAAGAAAAGGCUCUCGAACACAAGAACAAGGCAGCCUCGCACGCCAAAGUGAAGAAGACGAUCCCGCUAUACAUUGGACUUGCGACUGGCUUCUGCGGCAGCUUCACGAGCUUCUCAAGCUUCAUCCGUGACGUCUUCCUCGCCUUCCUCAAUGACCUCCGGUAUCCCAACACUAACGUGAUGGCUGGGCGAAACGCCGGAUACUCUUUCAUGGCCGGCCUCGCAGUCGUAAUCAUCACCAUAGCAGUAUGCUACUCCGCGCUCAAGGCAGGCGCACACAUCGCCCUUCUACUCGACCGCUUCACACCCACGCUGCCCUUCCGCUUUACGCGCGCAAUCAUCGAUCCCAUAGUCGUAUUCGUCGCCUGGGGCGCCUGGCUCGGUGCCAUCUUCCUGGCGAUAUGGCCCCCUGACCGACACGCGUCGACCGAGACCUGGCGCGGCCAAGCCGUCUUCGCCUGCGUCUUCGCUCCCCUCGGCUGCCUCCUGCGCUUCUACGUCUCGCUCAAGUUGAACCCCAUCAUCCCCUCGUUUCCACUGGGUACCUUCGCCGUCAACAUCUUCGGCACCGCUGUCCUGGGCAUGGCGUACGAUCUGCAACACGUCCGUAUCGGCGGGUCUGGCGUGGGCGGCGGCCGGACGGGAUGCCAGGUCCUGCAGGGCAUCAUGGACGGCUUCGACGGGUGUCUGACUACCGUGUCUACAUGGGUACUAGAAAUCGACACGUUGAAGAGGAGUCACGCGUGGAAGUACGCUUUCGCCAAUGUCGCUGCGGGGAUAUGCGUGCUGGUUGUAGUAAUGGGCAGCGUGCGGUGGAGCGUAGGCUGGACGGCUGUUGCUUGUGUGACGAGUCGGUCGUGGUAA